CUCUCUUGACUUCGAGCAGGCUCGAUAUAGGAUCGUGUGCGGACAGGAGCCUCACACCUCGCAGAUAUAUCACGAACCAACCCGACGAUGCCGAUCGCCGUAUCCCCCGAACGACCACGCACCGGUGUCACACGCUUGACGGGAGGGAGGCUGGUCAAGGGCGACAAACUCAUCGAACACGAUCUAUGGAUAUCCUCGGUGACGGGCAAAAUCCUGCACGACCAAGAAGUCUUCUACGAGCAUCAUGUCACACCUGACGAGAUCAUUGACCUCGAAGGCAAGAUCUUGUGCCCGGGAUUCAUCGAUGUGCAAUUCAACGGCGCCUUCGGCUAUGACUUCUCGACGAUACCUGAAGAUGGCAUGGAAGGAUAUGUGAAAGGGCUGAGGAAGCUGAACAGACAUCUCAUCAAGACUGGUGUGACCAGCUACUUGCCCACAAUUCCGAGUAACAACCCAGAAAUAUACCAGAAGACUCUGCCGCACUUAAGACCAAGCGGCGACUCGCGCAAUCCGCUUGAAGGGAGUGAAAGUCUCGGCGCGCACGUUGAGGGACCUUUCAUCUCCCCUACGAAGAACGGCAUACACAGUCAUGAUGUUCUGCGGACGGCAUCGAAUGGCUUUGGCGAUAUUGAGGCGUGCUAUGGAUCGGAGAACCUACCCCUCGGCUCUCGUGGCCCUAUCACGAAAAUCACAGCGGCGCCCGAAGUGGAAGGCGUCGCGCAGCUGAUACCAGAAUUCACUCGGCGCGGCAUAAUUUUCAGCGUGGGUCAUACCGAAGCCACGUAUGAGGAUGUCACCAACGCAGUGAGGUCUGGCGCAACAAUGAUCACGCACCUCUUCAACGCCAUGCGUCCCCUCCAUCACCGAAAUCCCGGACCAUUCGGCGUGCUCGGCAAGGCAGAAGAGACGGAAAGACCUUAUUUCGGCGUCAUAUCUGAUGGGAUACAUCUUCACCCUACGACCGUGAAGAUUGCAUACAACGCGCACAAAGACGGCUUCAUCAUCGUGACAGAUGCAAUGAAGACUGUGGGACAGCCUGAUGGAGUAUACGAGUGGACGAAUGGAGACCGAUUCAUCAAGAAAGGGAGUGUGCUUACGCUUGAGGGGACAGAUCGACUAGCAGGAAGCUGUGCAACAUUAGUGGAGAAUGUCAGCAACUUCUGGACCUGGAGUCGAGCAAGCAUACCGGAAGUGAUCAAGGCCGUUACAUACACGCCCGCAAAGAUGCUGGGCAUUGAGAGGGCAAAGGGUACAAUCGAAGCAGAUGCAGACGCAGACCUACUUGUCCUAGACCCGAUUGAAGAGGCAGAUGGGCAGAAGAGAUUUGAGGUUGAGCAGGUGUGGAAAUUUGGAAGCCUUGUGUUUGAUCGCCAGAGGGAAAUCGUCGGGUAUGAGAGCAGGUGCUGAUGCUACGGGCGUUGGGAACCAUGAGGUACGUUUUGUAGCAACUGCAUGUUCAGACUUAUAGAGAAGCGAGCAAUGUACAUUUAAGACAAGACUGGGAUAUGUUUGCAAAGAAUCGGAGUUUGGUGUG